GAUUCAGCCACCGCGGCUGUAGUUGACUUCAUCUGCUCGACUCUUGCAAAACUCCGAGCCCGUAGCCCGUAGGCCAUAACUACUCCUUUGUACUGGAUACCACUCAGCUGCCGGGGAGAGGACCACGCCGGCGCGAUGAAGGUGUAGAGUGAUCAAUUUCAACGUCUCUUCCUGGAGAAGGAAAUGGUUCAGGAAAUGGCGAAUUCCAAGCCUUUGUUCCUGACGAUCUACGCCACCGUGGCGGUCGGCGUUGUCUUCUCGGCUUUCUAUGUCUUCUCUGCCGUCUACUCCUCUUCCGCCUCCUCCUCCUUUUCUCUCUCGCCGAUUGCUCCUUCCUCUCCGUCAGAUGUACCGGCAGCAGUUCUAACUCAAAUACAUAAUGAGUCUCUAAAAGAAACUGUUGGUUCACCUCAAGCACCAAACACCCAGGCGAAAAGCAAGUCACUGAAACCUAUAUGGAACUCUCCCCCUCCCGGUUCACGAAUGCCAUCUCUAGAAACUUUCAGAUUGACCAAAGAACUAUUUCAGGAAAGAGUGAGGGACAAUGUCAUAAUUGUGACCUUUGGAAACUAUGCUUUCAUGGAUUUCAUAUUGACAUGGGUUAAACACUUGACAGAUAUGGAUGUCGACAACCUACUUGUUGGUGCAAUGGACACCAAAUUAUUGGAGGCUCUUUACUGGAAAGGUAUACCUGUUUUUGACAUGGGUAGCCAUAUGAGUACAGUAGAUGUUGGAUGGGGCUCACCAACAUUUCACAAAAUGGGAAGGGAGAAAGUUCUUCUAAUAGAUGCUGUCCUACCUUUUGGUUUUGAGCUCCUAAUGUGUGAUACUGACAUGGUGUGGUUAAAGAAUCCUCUUCCAUACCUUGCACGUUUCCCUGAAGCAGACAUCUUGACAUCCACUGAUAGUGUUGAACCAACAGUUACAGACGACAGGUUGGACAUCUGGAAACUAGUUGGUGCUGCUUACAACAUUGGAAUAUUUCACUGGCGGCCUUCAGAAUCCUCAAAAAAGUUGGCAAAGGAGUGGAAAGAAUUGCUUUUAAGUGAUGAUACUGUCUGGGAUCAGAAUGGUUUCAAUCAGAUCAUCCGCAGACAGUUGGGCCCAUCUGUUGAUGAAGACAGUGGACUUUUUUAUGCUUAUGAUGGAAAUCUCAAGUUGGGACUUCUACCCGCAAGUAUCUUUUGCAGUGGGCACACUUUUUUUGUCCAGUCAAUGUAUCAACAACUCAAACUAGAUCCCUAUGCGGUACAUACAACAUUCCAAUAUGGAGGAACUGAAGGCAAACGCCACCGAUUACGUGAAGCUAAGAUUUUCCUUGAUCCAUUGGAAUAUUACAACCCACCAGGGGGUUUUUUGACGUUUAAACCAUCUAUUCCCAAAAGAUUGUUACUAGAUGGAGAAAAUAAUAUUGAAUCACACUUUUCUCUUGUUAAUUAUCAGAUAAAGCAAAUAAGGACUGCACUUGCUGUUGCUUCACUGCUAAAUCGCACAUUGGUGAUGCCUCCGAUAUGGUGCAGGUUAGAUAGGUUAUGGUUUGGACAUCCUGGUGUUUUGGUGGGAUCCAUGACGAGACAGCCUUUUGUCUGUCCUUUGGAUCAUGUGUUUGAGGUUAAUGUGAUGUUGAGGGAACAACCAGAGGAGGAAUUUGGACCUGGGAUCAGUUUUAGGGAGUAUUCUUUACUUGACAACCCAUUAAUGCCCCAAGAGGUGAAAGAGUCAUGGCUUGAUGUGCAACUAUGCCGAGAGGGAUCAGAAGGCUGCCAACUUUCCAACAGUACUACUGCAACAGGAAUUCUUAGAUUCCCCAAGAAUAGUACUGAAGAAACGUUCAAGACAGUAUUCUCCUUGUUCAAGGAUGUCAAAGUAAUUCAGUUCUCAUCAAUGCAAGAUGCCUUCCAAGGUUUUACUGACAAGGCCAGGGAACACAAAUUCAGGAACCGUGUCAAGCGGUAUGUGGGUAUAUGGUGUUGUGUGGAAAACCAAACACCAGGUCACAUAUACUACGACAUGUAUUGGGAUGAGAAACCUAAUUGGAAACCAAUACCGCCCCAGAGUCCACAAGAAGAUCAUCCCCCCUGGUGAAAUCCACUUGUUGGUUUGCUUCUUACAUCCCUACACAGACACAGCAACUUCAACACCGCAAAAAUGGGCAAAAUUUCCUGAACUUUCUCUAUGGCUAACAGCCUGCCUAAUACCCCACCCAUAGUGAGAGAGCGGUAAGUUGUAGCAAUACUCAUAGAACAUGACCUACAAUGCCUUUUGUAUAUUUGCAGAGACAACAUUUUACUAGUCAAACAUGUAAAUUUGGCUAAACACCACUUUAUUCUGUUUAUGGGUCGAACCUAAUUAGAAUUCAAAUUUUGUAUUCAACAAAACUUCACUCUUUCAGUAUCUGUUUUUUUGGACAUUCA